UUCCAAACAGAUCAAGACCAUGGCAAUCCUCAGGUCCCUGCUGCUGCCACUGGGGCUGUUUCUGUGCCUUGGACUGCUGUGUUCUCCUGCCAGCUGUAUAAAUCACAAUGACAACUGCACGUUCUUCAGUAAGGUCAUUGCCACCACUUACUCAGGAAUCCAUGCCAACCCGAACGUCUAUAAAAGCAAUACAGUCUACACAGUGUCAGUUCCUGUGAAUAACAGUAUUAGCUCUGUGGUCCUGCGAGCAAUGGACCAGCACGACUCAGUCAUUGGCUCCUGGCAAAAAGCUGACAAGUAUGGCAACGGCAGUGUCUUGUACCACAUGAAGAGCCCAUACAGCAAGCUCUUCGAGGCAAAAUGGGUAUCUCCUAGUUCCAUGAACAUAACUGCAGUCGAGCUACAAGUCUUCACAGUCGAUUUCCACAACACGGCUAGAGUUUCUUUUAUGAUGCUGAAAAGAAAUGCAAACUCCUCUUCUAGAAGGAAGCUGGGGGAACAAUUGCUUCUGCCUCCACUGCAUCCUUCUAUGUUCAGUCCCAAGCCAGGGCUCUGACCUGUGUGAAUGAAGACUCUGCGUUCUCAGAGGUACAACUCUACUGCCACUGCUUCAGACCCAAACGGAGACCAGAGGGUCACUUAGUGAAGGGUAGCCAGUCUGCUCACUGCUGUUCAACUGGAUCUCUCAGGACACAAAUUAGGCUUUUUGUAACCUGGUCUGGGUGUAAUUUGGAAUUCUGGCUCUUAAUUUAACAUGUCGACAGCCAAUUCCGCAGUCAAUCUAAACUUUUGUUUAGAUGCAACACCAGUAGUAUUUGAAGGGAAAGAAAAGAAUGUACCAUGUCUGAGUAGCCAAGGAUAGGGAAAGAUUAUGGUAUAAAGGCAUUAUUUUCUGUCAUACCAAAUACGCUAUGCUUCAAGCAAGAAUAAUGAAUGUGUUAAAUUCAAAUAUGUCUUUAAUGAGUGAUUAACUUAAAAUACAGAAAAUGUCGUCUAAUUUUAUUCAUUUAUGUGAGCAUUAAAAAAUCAAUGGAUAUAAAAUAGGUAACUAAUAAGGACCUACUGUAUAGCACAGGAAACUCUACUCAAUACUCUGUAAUGGCCUAUAUGGGAAAAGGAUCUAAAAAAGAGUGGAUAUAUGUAUAUGUAAAACUGAUUCACUUUGCCGUACACCUGAAACUAACAUAACAUUGUAAAUCAA